CGAACAUUCUGAGAGACUCAACUGUUGCUGCUGCAGGAAAGAUAAUUUCUGGUUAGAAUUUUACAAUGGCUAAUGAUACAUCUUCAGAAAGCAGUUCAAUUCCUCCCGAAAGCAAUUUAACUAAUCAAGAAGACAAUACAACAGCAACAACAUUCAAACAGGAGACAGCAUUUUAUUCAAAACAGGUGACAUACAGAAUUCCAGCUCUCAUCUAUAUCAGUAAAGAUCAAACCUACCUUGCCUUCGCUGAAAAGCGGAAAUCUAAACAUGACACAGAUGCAGAAGUGCUUGUGAUGAGAAGAGGAUCGUGGAAAGAUGGCAAGAAUGAAGUUGAGUGGGUCAGUGGACAUCAGGUGCUCACAGCUUGUCUACCAAACCACCGCAGCAUGAAUCCAUGUCCGGUCUAUGAGAGAGAUUCCGAGACCCUCUUUCUGUUUUUCAUUUGUGUUCUCAAUGGGUACAGUGAAUCCUACCAAAUAUACCAAAAAAGGAACCGGGCUCGGCUUUGUUACAUAACCAGUAAGGACACUGGCAAAACAUGGAGUUGUAUUACUGAGUUGAAAGAAGUGAUCAGUGAAAAGGAGAAAAACUGGGCCACCUUUGCUGUUGGACCAGGACAUGGUGUUCAAAUGAAGAGUGGAAGACUGAUUAUCCCAGCAUACACAUAUUAUUUUGGAUCCGUAAGUGAUAAGCCCACAUCGCAUGCAUUUGCAUUCUACAGUGAUGAUAAAGGAAACACUUGGCAUGUAGGAGAACAUAUGGAUGGUGAGUCUAAUGAGUGUCAGAUGGCUGAGAUCAUAGACGACGAAGGUAACAGCACACUGUACUGCAAUGCUCGAAGUACAUCUGGCUACAGAGUCGAGGCUCUAAGCAGGAGUGGUGGAGAAGAUUUUGACAAACCUUCAUCUGCUCAAGAGCUGAUAGAGACUGGUGAACAUGGCUGCCAGGGAAGUGUGCUGAAUAUUCUGUCCCCUGAUCAGAGUACAUGGCUGCUCUAUUCUCACCCAUCUGAUAAAGAGAAGAGAAAUGAUCUCAGAAUCUAUAUAAAUAAAUCACCAAAGGAUCCCAUGCAAUGGAAAACCAUACAAUGCAUCAAUGAAGGUCCAAGUGGAUACUCAGAUCUGGCAGAGUGUGAAGAUAGAAAGUACAUUGCCUGUCUCUUUGAAUGUGGACAGGAAAGUGAAAUUGAAACGAUAGCCUUCAAGCUUUUCAAUAUCAGUAACGCUUUGGAUAUUCAAUAAGUGGAUUCUCCACAGCAGCCUUCAAGUUCAUGCUGCAAAAAUUUGUGUCUUUUAAUGUAAUUUUUGUUUGUUUGUUUGUUUGUUUGUCUGUUAUAGUUAAUUUGCUUAAUGAAAAUGGCUGAAUGUUAAAAAUCGAGUUGAAAAUACUUCAAUAUAAUAAUUCAAAUAACCAACCAAGCAAUAUGCUUUCGUUAUUAUAACUGUAUUAUAACCUUUUUAAAUCCUAUAUUUCAUUCACCUGAAUUAUUCAAUAUGUAGGAAACAGCAAACAUAUUUUAUUGGUCAUUUCAUAACAUUACAAAAAGGAGAGGUACCCCGGUAAAAAUCAUGUUCUGGGUGGUAAAAUCCGUGUUUUUGGUGGGGUUCCCCUGGUAAAAUUUGAUUCUAAAUAUCAUGUUAUUUGGGGUCACUUCAAUCCGCGGACAUGAAAAACAACCCGCAGAAACAGUGUUAAAGUAGCCCAAUUCCGUGGGAAAACUGUGGACUUGGCAACACUGCCACAGACCCUCUUAUCUCCCAAUAGUAAGAAAAUCUCUGGUUUCGCAAUGUGCUGCAUUCCAAAGUUUAUAGUUCAUGCACGUAACAUGCAUUUGACAAGUAUACACUCUUAAUUUGCCUAAUAAUUCUUCUCUUAUUAUUCUAGCUACAAAUGUCAGCAGCUCAUUACACAGAUUAGAAUGAAAACUGAAGUCCUCAACUCCUUGUAAAGAUAUUCUCAUCUGUCAAUGCUUUGCCCACCUAAUCCGGUAAACAUGAUGGAUUUGUGUGAGAGUUCAAAUCACUAUGGAUGGGCGGUAACUUGGAAGAUCACCAGAAGUGUGCCGGACAAUAGCCAUAUGACAUGUGCUAGAUGAUUGAAUGUAAUAAAGUUAUAUAAUACAAAAAAGAAGACCAUAUUUUUUUAUCCAACACAACCCUUUAAGAUUGUGUCAAAGAACUAAUGCAAUCUCUCUUUUGCAUUUGUCGUUUUCCUAUGAUUUACAGAAACAAAACAACUCUUACAUCACAUUUCAACAAAGUAUUUCUCAAAAGACUAAUGCCCUUAUGUUAAAAAGCAAGAACAUCACACCCUUAAGAGAGAGAAAAAUCAUGUGUUGAGUGUGUCUUUUUCAACACCCUAAAUAUCUUCCUGGGUUUCAAAGAAACUUCUCACCAACACUGAAAGGUGAAGAAACUCCUUUGAAAAUACUGACUCUUAAUCAUCCACACUUGUCCCAGUGUGGCGAGUUAUAUAAAGAGAAAAAGAAAAAAAAAACACUUAAUGUGGAGGACAUUGCUAACUGCAGAGAGUUUGAAACAGAAGAUUUACUUGCAAACCUCAAGCGCAAUCUUUGUCUUUUCACUUUGAUAUUAAGAGAGAAGCAUUGUAUUGCUGCCACAGUUCAGUUUUUGUAUUCAGUAUUGUGGAGAACCUGCGAGUAAUCUCAUUAUGCUGAGAUUAUAAGAUUUUACCUUCAACAACAACAUCAAAUUGACACUGAUGCUGAUGACGACUUAUCUGAACUACUUAAUAAGCAAAAUAUUAAUAUUAAAUUAAUAAGCAAAAUACGUUUGAUGAAUGCCUUCGACAGAUCAGUAGUGAAUGGAUACUUGAGCACUAUUGUGAAGAUGAACUUGGAUACAUUGCACCUGUACAGAUUCUGCUGGAUCAAACAGAACAUGGUGCACAUUUCCAGUACAUACCUCUCAAGGCUCUGCUAAGGUUGCUCAGAAUGAGGAUGUGCUGGCAAUGCUUAACCAAGAGAAAACACCCAAACAUCAGGAUGUUAUGGAGGACUACACUGAUGGAGACCAGUUCAAAUGUUGUGAGCUUUCUUCCUUUCCGAACGUACGUCUACAUUUCUACAUCGAUGAAUCUGAGUUGUGUAUUUUAAACUCGGAAACAUUGAUAAGAAAUAUACAUCAAAACUUGAGAAUAUUUACCUUUCAUCAUUAAUCAGACAUCGGUAUAUUAAAGAAGAUCUUACAAACUAUAACAAUUUGUUUCAGCCUUUGAUUGAAGAAGUGACAUGUCUUGAGACCGAGGGAGUGACUCUGUCAUGUAAUGGGGAAAGCAGAAGAUUCUAUGGCACAGUAGUCACCAUCUCAGCAGACAAUCUUUCAGCUCACUCUUUGAUUGGGCUGAAAAUAAAUUUUUCACAUGGGAGAAUAUGUCGUUUUUGCAUGGCCACAAAAGAAGACAUCACUACCAAAUUCAAAGAAGAGGACUUCACUCUAAGAGACAGUGUUAACUACAGAUAUCACCUGCAGGCUGUCUGUGAAAAUCCUGAUAAUGGGUCUGUUUAUGGUGUGCAGAGAGAGUGCUGUUUCUCAUCUCUUAACUAUGCUCCUACAGUGAUAACUCACUUGUUUCCACCUGAUGUGAUGCAUGAUAUUUUCCAGGGAUUUAUUCCUAAUGCUCUCAGAUGGAUUCUUCAUCAGUUAAUCCAGGAUAAACACUUCAUCCUAGAUCAAGUGAACUUUGAAAUUGAAAAUUUAUCAUAUUCUGUAAAUGACAAAACAUCUAAGCCACAAAUCUUGACGGAAAGAAUGUUGCGAAGCAAAGGUCAACUCUCUGGUAAAGCUUCAGAAACCUGGACAUUGUUUCGACUACUACCACUAAUAGUCGGAUGUACCUCCAAACAAGUAUUGGAACUGCUACAUUUUACUGCGCGAAGUGAUAGAUUUGAUCAUGGCCCCAGUGGUUAGAAGAUCGUGGAUACCCUAUCUUGAGGAGAAAAUUACAGAGUUUCUGGCAACAUUUCAUGAACUCUUCCCUGAUGGUGUCAUUCCAAAAAAGCAUUUUUUAGUGCACUAUCCUAUACUUAUGCUGAAAUAUGGGCCAUUAAUUCAUUUGUCUUGUAUGCGGUUUGAGGCAAAACAUCAAUAUUUCAAGAAAGUGUCUACUGUUGUUUGCAACUUCAAGAACAUCACCAAAUCACUUACUAGAAUGCAUCAGCUGAGACAGUGCUGGGAGCAAGCUCAGAAGAAAAGCAUUGGAUAUGAAGUGUGCCAUGCCUGAGGAGCUUGUGAUGUCCCAUCAAACACCCUGCCUUCUUUAGUAUUGGCCACACUGGAAACACAGAUUGAAAGACCUCUGUUAAAUGAAGUCAAAAAACAAAUUCCAUCACGGUUAACAAUACAGCUUAUAAAACUGGAGAAUGCAAAGUGAUUGACACUGUACACACUGAAAUGAUUCCAUUAUUUCUCAAGAUCAAAGCAAUAUAUGGACACAGUGGUUCGUGUUACAUGUUUGGAAAAAUACUCAUUCCAUUCAAAUUUGACAGUCAUCUCCAUGCAUACAAAGCUACCGAAACAUCUUGGCGGCCCUUGAAGUAGGGAAAGAGUUAGAUUUCCAUGGACUGGACACUUAUACAAACCUGGAAGGAACUCUUUUGAUCCCCUUACGACAUUGGAUUACUAAACAUUAGAAUGUAGAAUGAAAUUGAUGGGGACACUUUUGUGAACCUAACUGAAAAUAUGAUUUCCGAAAAUGGAGAAUCAAGUUAAAUUUAUAAGAUUACAACAAAGCCUAAAGACUGAGAUGCCCUCUAAGACCACACACACCAAUCAUGAGACUUCAGUUGGUAUUUCACAUGGGCCAAUCUCAAAACAGAACAUUGCCCAAACAGUGUAUCCAGCAAAUUAUCAGCUGCCAAAAUUUCCAUUGGCAAUACAAAAAAAUCUUGAUGAGGAGAGCAGAGAUUUUUUUUUCCUCAACAGGACGGAACAAAUGGAGAUCGAAAGUAAUUCAAACUCUGUUUGAUCAGAUGUGCUCAUAUACAUGGUAUCCAACAAGUGAACAAUACAACAAGGUGUGUUCAGCCCUUGUUACUAAAUACCAAUUCUUGAGAGACAGAACAGGAAGGUGAUAUGAGUCAUUGCAUGAGAUUCUUAAGAACAAAUUCGAGAAAGAAAGAUCACCCUUGGUUGACAUUGAAGAGAUAAAUAGUAUUCGCAGCAGAUUUAGCAGAGUAAAGAACCAAAUGAUUUCUCCAAGCAUCCAACAGACAUCUGACACCAAGAAAGCAACUAAUAAAGAAACUGAGGAUCUAUCUGUAAUCCAAGACAUGUACCAAAAGAGACAAAGGUCUGAAGAGAGUGAAUCAGGAGAAGAUGAAUACAGCAUAGGGAUCCACUUGGAGAAAAUGAGAACAGAAUGCUUGAAGAAGACACCAAAUGUCCACCUUUACAAGACUGCAUGGCACAGACGAGGAAUGAGAGGGCAGACUACAAGAAACAUCCCCUCAAUUCUUGUAUCAGAGUUUGAAAGCAUACUUCAUGCAAACAUUGAAAAAAACAUCCUGAAAAAUCUGGACCUGGUGGCACAGAAAGUUAUUAAUGAGUGCCACAGAAGAGAAGUUGGGUGGAAAUUUGUGCUGAGUUGGCUGAAGCGAAAAAAACUAAUGUUGAUUUGGCACACAAAGUGGGUCAGUGGACAUCAGGUGCUCACUUCAGCUUGUUUCCCAAACCACCGCAGCAUGAAUUCAUGUCCAGUCUAUGAGAGAGAUUCCAAGACCCUCUUUCUGUUUUUUUGUUCCCAAUGGAAUCUCUGAAUACGAACAAAUACGGACAAUAAGAGCCAAGGACGGCUUUGUUAUGUGACCAGUAAGGAUGCUGGCAAAAGACUUUUGACAAAGUCUUAACCCCAAACAAGCUAACAGAGACUGGAAAAAGAUGCCAAGGCAGUGUGUUGAGUUUUGUUGGACAGAGUAGUCCUCCAAAGACAUGGCUGCUCUACUCUCAU